AUGCAUUUCGCCAUGUCGCCUGACAGUCUCCUCUUCUUCUACGCCGUCGUGGCGUCGGUCACUGCCGCCUUCGGCCUCUUCUCCCUCUACAAGCACCUCACCCAGCACCGUCGACGACACUUCGGCACCGGAGAUUCGGAGGAGCACCGGCCGCUUACAGUGGCUCCAAGCCUUCUUGUUCCCCAGUUCAUGUACAACCGGCUCGUCCGGCACAGCGGCAAGGGCGCUGGCUCAACGGAGUGCGCCGUCUGCCUCGGCGUCAUCCAGGUCGGCGCCAUGGCGAAGCUGCUGCCCGCGUGCACCCACGUCUACCACGUCGACUGCAUCGACCUCUGGCUAGCCUCCCACUCAACAUGCCCUCUCUGCCGGUCCAGGGUCGGCGAUCACUCCAGAGCUGGCGACAAGACUGUUCAGGACCUUGCUUAUCUUUCACCUGUAUAG